UGAUUUUGCUCAUUCCAUUUAAAUAACUAAAAUUUAUAUUUUAUUGAUUGAAAAAUUGAGAUGUUGAAGUGCGAUUUAAGAGUAUUGAGUCGAGAAUAGAAACGUGUUCUUCCGAAAUGUUUGGGUUGCCAUAGUUUCCCUAGCCACAGCAGGAGGUCAACAAUUUCCCAAUAAAUCUUUAAAUUUGACAGUAAAAAAUAAUAGAAACCCGAAAUUACUGAAAUCCCAGAAAAUGUAUAUAUUCCAAGUCCGAGGAAUCUGGUGUUUAAUGAAAAAUUAAAAGAAUUUCGAAAUUUCGAGGGUUGAAGAAUUCGCAUGAUGCCGGGGAAUAACAAUAAACGAAGUAAUAAUAAAAAAUCACAAGCGAUAAAGGGGAAAAAAGGGAGUUUGUCUUCAGUGCAAGCUGCGGCGUCAACAACUUCUGCUAAUAUCAUUGGAUCCAUUGGAGGUGAUCCUGAGGGUCCGAGACAUCGAAUAAUCGAUGAAACCGCUGAGGAGGAGAGCUCUGACGAUGAACUUGAGUCUGGAAGUGAUGAUGACACCAGUUAUGUCAAGGAGGAAACGCCAGAAGUCCCUUCAGAGUUCUGGCAUCUCCAAAAGUUGAUCAAGUACACUAAAGCUGGCAAUCAAACUGCCACGACUGUUGCUUUGUGUUUGUUGAAGAAUUAUGAACUUGACAGCAAGCCGAUUCAACGAGCGAUUCGAGAAAUGGGUGGCCUGGAAGUCCUAGUGAAUCUUCUGGAGACGAAAGAUGUGAAAUGUCAAUUGGGUUCCCUAGCAGUUUUAUCGCGUAUGGGGAACUGUUUCGAUACUCGUCGCUAUUUAAUCGAUCUGGGUAUUGUUUCGCCACUCAUUGAAAUGUUAAAGCAUCCUGCAAGAGACGUGAGAAUUCUUGCUGCAGAAACGAUGGCGAGUGUUGCAAUGAUGAGAAAAGCCAGAAAGCAGAUUAGAGUCCGGAAUGGCAUAGCAUUAAUCCUGGAUGCUAUGGACGUACCUGAUAAUGUUCUACGUCGUACUUCUGAACAAUUGAGUGAAUAUGAAAAUCAACAUGUUGCUGUUGCAAUUGCAUGUGCUAAAGUUCUGGAUGCGUUGAGCAGCAGCCCAAAAAUUAAAGAAGAACUUCGCAAGCAUGGAGUUGUUUUUUUCAUGAGUCGAUUUUUACAAUCAACACAUAUUGAACUCGUUGUGCCUAUUAUGGGAGCUGUUCAACAAUGUGCUGAUUUGAAAGUAUUUCGUUUGGCGUUUGAGCAGAUGGGGAUAAUCUCAGAGAUCGUUCGUCACCUUCGAACUGGCGAGUCAAUAACAAAUGGAAAAACCCACGACCCCCAUCCCACAAAAAUAAAUCACGAAAAUGGAACCGACGAAGACUAUCCCCCAGAGGACAAGAAGAUCCUGAAAGCUCAGAGGGAUCGAGUCAAACUGGAGGAGAACUGUGCUCUGGCUAUUUUCAAAUGUGCCUCCAACAAACUGACAAGAGAUAUGGUGAGACAGGCUGGAGGAUUGGAUCCCCUCUGUCGUCUUGUUCAGAAUGAACAAGUGCGGUCGAAUAAAAAAUUGCUGGCUGCAGUGACUGGAGCUAUUUGGAAAUGUGCAAUUAGCCCAGAGAACGUAUCGAGGUUCAAUCAAAAUGGAUUAGUUGCAUCCCUGGUUCCACUGCUUGAAGAGAAUGAAGAUGAAGAAGUUCUUGCACACGUCGUUGGAGCAUUAGCAGAAUGCUGUGUUGAUCCUGCGAACAGAGCAGUUCUCAGAAUUAAUAACGGACUGCCCAAAUUGAUUCGAUUAUUGAGCUGCACGUACGAGCCUCUCCUGGAAAAUCUACCCCUGGUGAUAAAAGAAUGCGCUGAAGAUGAACAAUGCAUGGAUGUGAUAAAUGACCCAUCCCACUCUCUGGAUGGAGUUCGACUUGUCUGGUCUCUUCUCAAGCAUCCUAGCAAUGUUGUCAAGAGGAAUGCCUGCUGGGCACUGGUUCCUUGCAUAAAACGUGCCAAAGAUUCGCCGGAAAUGGUUCGAGCUUUUGUUGGAGGUCUGGAACUGACAGUUACUCUGUUAGAGACCGAUGACACUGAAGUUCUUGCUGCUGUUUGCGCUGCUAUCGCCGAAAUUGCCGUUGACUCGGAGAAUUUGGGAAUUUUGACGGAUCAUGGGGUCGUGGAGAAGCUUGCCAGUCAUGUUCAUACUGAAGACGAACAUUUGAGGGCUUAUCUCACGCUAGCAAUCGCAUUUUGUUCCGAAUGGGGACGGAAUAAUUACGAAUUUGGACGUUUAAAUGCAGUUGCACCGUUAGUGAAUUAUGCAAAUAGCAAAAAUAAGGAUGUACUCAAGGGUGUGUGCAUAGCUUUCUAUCACUUGAGUAAGGAGCCACUUAAUUGUGUUACAAUGCACACAUGCGGUGUUAUAAAGCACGUAUUACGUCUCGUUGGGUCGGAAGAUCCUGAAGUCCAAAUAGCAGCAGCUACAACCAUCCGAAACAUUAGAAAAUUAGCACUGACAUCUGAAAAAAUGCAGUUUGGUGAAAUAAAUACAUUAGAGGAAAUGGAAUAUUUCACGUGAACUUAAAAACACAUGUACAAAUAAAAAGCUAAAUAAAUGAUCAGAACUAGACUUAUGUUUUUCAGGAA